GCCCCCCCCCGCUCGCGGCGCCGAGCGCGCGGGGCCUCGAGUCGGGGAACUCUUUGACGGCGGGUCCCGAGGUUGCUGCGGACGCCGCUGCAGGACAGGAGGCGGCCCGUCGGUUCGCGCGGGAGCGCGGCCUGAUCGCGACGGCCAAUGGCGACAGUGUGGGGCCGGUCAGGAACAUGCUCGCGGCGACGUGCGACGAGCGCUUCUUGGUGGCCGCGCAGGAGCACCGCGCGAAGGCGGAGCAGCCGCCGCAGCUGGAGCGCGACCUGCAGGACUUGGGCUGGCGCGGGGUGCUUGCGGCCGCGGAGAAGACCGAGCGCGGCGGCGCCAGCGGCGGCGUGGCGGUCCGGGCCCGCAGCGACGUUGGCGUCCGCGCAGCUGGCGGUGUCGUGAGCGCGUACCUGGUCCCAGCCGUCGGUGCGGAGGGCCCUGUCAACCUCGCCCAACUGCACGCGCUGGCGCUCUACCUCGCGGAGCUGGGGCGGCUGGGCUACGACUGGAUCGUGAUCGGGGAUGGGGGCGCCCGCGCUCUGCAAGUCCUUGCCGGGGGGGUGCUGGACUACGCGGUGGUCUGCAGCAACCGCAUCCUGAGGAUCGGCGGGGCGUUCGUGCGGGAGGGCGCUCUCCUGCCCGCGCGCCUCGCCGUGGACUUCGCGAUCCUGGGUGAGGAUCGCGCCCCGUGGCGGCGCUUGCCCAGGGAGCCUGCCCCGCUGCCCCCCGUGCGCGCGGGAUGCGCGGGGCCGCCGCCGGUGGGGCUGCGGGGCGCGGCGCGUCGCCAGAUCGGCCAGGAGACUGCGCGGGGCGAGCUGCAGGACUGCCGGGGCACGACGCUGCCUGGGAUCGAGCGACGCCUGGCCCUGCCUGGCGUGGUCAAGAACCUGGCCGCGCUGAUGGCCUUCUUCCGACGCGUGCAGGGUACCGAGCAAGUGUGGGACGAGGUCCCCGGCGACGUUGCCGACCUUUACCGCCCCGGCCCGGGCCUCUUCAUGCUGGGCGGCCUCGAGGCGCGCGUGGCCGAGCUCGUCGCGCGGCAUGCGACACGGGCGCAGGAGCGCCUCGAGCUCGUCGGGGCGGACUGCCAGGGCGGGCCUGCCCAGCUCGCCGACCAGGCCAUGGACGAGUGGGAGCACCUGUGGGUGGCCCAAGGCGCCGCCAGAGCGGCCACCCCAGGUGGCGCGGCCAGCUGGCCCGAGCUGCCCUCGAUCAGCGGCGUGGAUGUCAGGCGCGCGCUGGGCGCGUUCCCGUGGCGGACGGCCGCGGGCCGGUCCCGACUGCAUCCGCGGCAGUUGUGGUUCGCGUCGGACGACGCCAUGGCGGCGCUGGCGGCCCUGGUCACGCGGUGCGAGGAGUUGUUGCGUUGGCCGUCGGAGAGGAUUUUCCGCGUGAUGGUCCGACUGCCCGAGCCAGAUGGCAAUGGGCGUCGCCUGAUCACCCUGGCCAACACCAUCAUCCGUGUUUGGGCGCGGGUGCGCCGGCCGGUGUCGCAGCACUGGGUCAGGGACAACCCCGACCAGGCGAUUUUCGGGACGCGGAGCAGGGCCACUGCUACGGCGUCCGCGCUCCAGCACAACAUCCAGGCGGAGAUCGCGCAUCUCCUCGGGGAGGCCAGUUGGGCGGUGAUCAUGGCCCAUGGGUCCUGGAGCCGCGACGUGGUGGCCAACGGCAGCCUCCUCGCGGGCUGCGCGUGCAGCGCGGCGCUGCUGACGUUGCUGCUGAUCGAGGCCGCGGUGCGCCUGCGCGGCGUCGCGGAGCAGCUGGCCCCACGAUCGCUGAUGGACGACCUCGCGAUGCAGUGGAUCGGCCAAGUGGGCGACGGGCGCGUGGCCAAGCUGCGCGCGGCCGUCCAGGGUUUCACGGAGCAGGUGCGGCCGCUGGGCAUGCAGGUCAAGAUGGCCAAGUCGGGCUGCUUGGCCACCUCGCAGGAGGCCAGGAAGGAGUUUCGGCCAGCCGCGUCCGCGCUGGCGCUGCCCGAGCGGCGGGGGCCCCGCAACCUGGGCCACGACGAGCGCGGGAAGGCUGUGCGCAGGCCAGUGGCGCAAGCCAGGGUGGCCGAAUUCCAGGCGCGGCAGCGCCGCGUCGACGCGCUGGUCAGGAUGGCGGGGCCCAUG